AUGCCGGAGAAGGUUCGAACAGUGUUCGCCGACUCAGAUAAUGAGAAGGUAGAGAAAACGGAUGCUCUUCCUCCCCAGGAAGAGCCCGCACGCAAGAAGAAGAGGAGCAAGAAGCGCAAGCUCGACGAGCCCGAGGCCCCGAAGGUCGCCGAUCGCGAUGCGCCUAUUGAGCUCGCACCGUCCGUGAAGCAGACGACUAUCCCGGAACCUGUGACUCAGAUCCAGGAAAAGAGCGCGUCUCGUCCAAAUGGUGCUCCGGUUUCCAAACCACACCCGAAAUCGAAAUCGAGACCCUUCACCGACACAAAAACCAAUUUCACACCCUUGCGCGAGAAGGCUAAGGCAUUGCUCGAGACACGGCGCAAACUCCCAGUCUUUGAGAAUGCAGAUCUGAUCAGAAACAACCUCCGCGAACAAGAUGUCAUGCUUUUGGUCGGUGAAACUGGUAGCGGAAAGAGUACUCAGAUUCCCCAGUUCCUUGUUGACGAGUUCUGGUGUCGGCCUGUGCCUACGGAAAUAACACGGGACGGGAAGACCGAGAAGAAAAUGGUUGGAGGGUGCAUCGCUAUCACACAGCCCCGACGAGUCGCUGCCAUCUCGUUGGCGCGUCGUGUCGCAGAGGAAAUGGGCACACCGCUUGGGUCCCAUUCGCCGGCUAGCAAGGUUGGUUACUCUGUGCGAUUCGAUACAUCGGUGUCGCCUAGUACUCGCGUCAAGUUCUUGACGGAGGGUAUGCUGCUCCAGGAGAUGUUGCAUGAUCCGUACUUGACCAAGUACAGUGCUAUCGUUGUUGAUGAGGUCCACGAACGUGGCAUUAACGUUGAUUUAACGCUUGGAUUCUUGCGCAACCUUGUCUCUGGGUCUCUAGAAGGUCGAGGUGGUGUACCGCUCAAGGUGGUGGUCAUGAGUGCUACUGCUGAUAUGGAGAGUUUGACUGGAUUCUUCCAAGAGGGGUACAAGCUGCCCGAGACUGAAAAGAAAAUCACCGAUGGUGAGACCGAUGCGGACAAAAUGGACACUUCAAGUUCAAAAGAUAUUUCCAUCUGUCAUAUCAAGGGUCGACAGUUCCCAGUGAAGACAAUCUACUCGCCUGCACCUGUACAUGACUUUGUGGAUGCAGCACUGAAGACCAUUUUCCAGAUUCACCAGAAGGAGCCUAUGCCAGGAGAUAUCCUGGUUUUCUUGACUGGUCAAGAAACCGUGGAGGCUUUGGAGCAUCUCGUAAACGAGUAUGCAAUGGGCAUGGACCCAUCCCUUCCCAAGAUCUUGGUUCUUCCUCUUUUCGCAGCACUUCCACAGGCUGCCCAACAGCGGGUUUUCGCCCCUGCGCCUCCCCGAACCCGCAAGAUUGUUCUUUCCACCAACAUCGCUGAAACAUCAGUCACUGUGUCCGGCGUUCGGCACGUCAUCGAUUGUGGUAAAGCAAAGGUCAAGCAGUUCCGCUCUCGUCUCGGUUUGGAUUCACUCCUGGUAAAGCCUAUCUCCAAAUCAGCUGCGAUUCAGCGAAAGGGUCGAGCUGGUCGUGAAGCCCCUGGACAAUGUUUCCGGUUAUAUACGGAGAAGGAUUACUUGGCCCUUGACGAGACCAAUACUCCCGAGAUCCUGCGAUGUGAUCUUAGUCAAGCCUUACUUAAUAUGAAGGCCCGCGGUGUGGAUGAUAUCGUUCGUUUCCCAUUCCUGACUCGACCGCCACGUGAAGCGUUGGAGAAGGCACUUCUUCAGCUCCUGAAUAUCAACGCCCUCGAGGAUACGGGGUCGAUCAGUGCAGUUGGUCUUCAUAUCGCCAAGCUCCCCUUGACACCAACACUAGGUCGUGUGCUUCUAGCUGCAGCUGAGAACGGACAUGAAGUUUUGAUUGAUGUUAUCGAUAUCAUCUCAUGUCUGAGUGUAGAGAACAUCUUCCUCAACACUACAUCAGAAGAAAAGAAAGAAGCAGCAGAGACCGCACGUCGCGACCUAUACCGGCGCGAGGGUGACCAUCUGACAAUGAUGACUACCGUGCGAGUUUACGCCGCCGAACACGCUGACCGCAAGGCUUGGGCAGAGCGCCAUCUUGUCUCGCAUCGCGCGAUGCAGUCUGUAAUGGAUGUCCGCAAACAACUUCGUACCCAAUGCCGCCAAGCCAAGCUACUCACCAACGAAGCCCUGAACUCAAACAAACACCAUGACCCAUCACCAAUCCUCAUUCUCCAAAGCUUCCUUGCUGGAUUCGCCACCAACACUGCGCGCCUCGUGCCAGAUGGCAGUUACCGCACAGUGGUUGGAAACCAGACUGUCGCCAUCCACCCUUCAAGUGUGCUGUAUGGCAAGAAGGUCGAGGCGAUCAUGUACAACGAGUUCGUCUUUACCAACCGUAGUUACGCACGUGGUGUCAGUGCUGUCCAGAUGGACUGGGUGGGAGAAGCCCUCGCUGGUUCGGAUUGA